AUGGUUCUCAAGAAGUAUCUUGGCAUAGCUGCCUUACUGGGCCUCUUCGACCAGGCCUUAGCUCAGCUAAACACCACAUCAUCUGGGUUCAAAGCUUGCGAUGCCCUCUUUGAUGCCGGGCUUGGGGAUAUUCUCGUCUUUCCGACCGACAUCGCCUACACUGAGAGUACCUCGACAUACUAUUCGUCAGAGAAUCGUCGACUUCGACCCUACUGUAUCGUUCAGCCGCGCUCGACCGAGCAUGUUUCCUCCACCAUCAAGGCUCUGGGUGGCGUGAGCGGUGCCGGGAACUGGGACGUAGCUAUUCGCUCUGGUGGUCAUAGUGAUUACGACAACAACGCUGCUCACCGAGGUGUCACUAUCGAUCUCACAUUUUUCAACUCUACUGAGCUUGUCAAGAGCAGGUGUUUCAAUGGUACUGCUGAUUGGAUAGGCCGAAGCGUCCUGACCAAGAAUAUCGCACAGAUCCGCCCUGCUGCCCGUUGGGGAAAUGUCAUGACCUACCUCGAGCCAUACAAUUUAGGAGUUACAGGUGGACGAUCUGGCCACGUCGGCGUUGGUGGCCUGCUCGUGUCUGGCGGCGCUUCCUACCACACGCAGCUUUAUGGCUUUUCAUGCGACAAUGUAGUCGGCUAUGAGGUCGUCCUCGCCGAUGGAUCGAUAAUCGAGGCUAAUACAGAGGAGAACGCAGAUCUCUUCAAGGCUUUGAAGGGAGGCGGAAGCAACUUGGGUAUUGUCACUCGUUUCGACCUCAGAACCUUCACCGUACCCCCUACUGGCGCCUAUGGUGGCCUACUCUUUGCGUCCUGGAGCGACUUGAAUGUCGUGAUUGACCAGUUUGUCAGCUAUGCCAGCUCAAUCGGUUCCGGCAGUCCCGACCACGAAUUUGUCGUCUAUCGGUCCGACGCCGGCAACCUGGCUGUGAUGGCCAUGGCAGUCAGCACUGAUGGCAACGAGAACUCGACGACAUUUGCCCCUUUCAAUGACAUUACUCUGACAAGGGACGUGAGAUCUAAGCAACCUCUCAGUAAGAUUGCGGCGACCAUUGCCGAUACCGGUGGAUCGCAUUACAUCCCUUUCUCUCUGUCCCUUCAAGCCACUGCGGAAAUUAUGAACAAAGCUGCCGAAAUCUUCGUGGCUUUGACACAAGUGUUCGAUGCCACCAGUGUUCCAGUUUCCGUCAAUUUUGUUUUCCAACCCCUCCCGAAGAACCUCGCCGCCGUCACGCCCGGUAACAACAUACUAGGCUUCGACGAGAACCUACCCUCGGACUCAAUUCUCUUUGAGGCUAGAGGCACCCUAGCAGCUACUGAUGCAGAGUAUGGAGGCGUUGUUGAGAGUAUGAUGGGUAGGGCUAUCGAGGAACUCAGAGCAUACUCAGCUUCAUUUGAAGGCCACUCGACCUUUCUAUACAUGAACUAUGCCAACCCAGAACAAGACGUCAUUGGAUCGUAUGGUGCAGAGAAUGUACAAUUUUUGAAGGAUGCGGCUGCGAAGUACGACCCGAAUGGCUUUUUUCAGUAUCGGGUUUCCGGGGGGUGGAAGGUCAGCCGGAUAUGA